ACUUGCCACCUAAAAUCAAUCCUACCGCCUCAUUAAAUUUUUUCUUUAUCUUUUCCUCUUCCCCAUCUUUAACCAUACUUUUUUUAUGAUCUCCCCAUUCACAAAUUUAAUAUUUCAGUUGUUUGUUGAUUGUUGUUUGAUCAGUGUCAUACCAAUAUAGCCUCAAAUAUUCCAUAUUUUCAAGUUUUAUUUGCAUGUUUUCACUUUUUUUCAUUCUGUUUCUGACUAGCUAGAGUUUGUUUUUUCAAGAAAAAGUAUGGAGAUUGAGGUGGCUAGCAGUGAUUUUAGUACAAAGAGUGACAGUUUAGGUACUACUGGUGGUGGUGAUAACAGUAGUAGUAGUACAUUUCAAGGUUAUUCAGGUGGUGGUGAAGAGAGAGGGACUUAUUUAGUAUGGGAAAAUUUGAGUGCUGUGAUACCAAAUUUUGGAAAUAAACCAACUAAAAGGUUGCUUCAAGGGCUUACUGGAUUUGCUGAGCCUGGGAGAAUCACUGCUAUUAUGGGUCCUUCUGGGUCUGGAAAAUCCACUCUUCUUGAUUCACUUGCAGGUAGACUCUCAAGAAAUGUGAUAAUGACUGGAGAUGUUCUGUUUAACGGAAAGAAGAAGCGGGCGGACUCUAGUGUUGCUUAUGUAACACAAGAGGAUAUAUUGUUAGGAACUCUUACAGUCAGAGAGACUGUUACCUAUUCAGCACAUUUAAGGUUUCCGUCUUCCAUGACCAAGGAAGAAAUAUCUGACAUCGUAGAAGGAACACUCAUAGAAAUGGGGCUCCAAGACUGCGCUGAUCGGCUGAUUGGAAACUGGCAUUUAAGAGGCAUAAGUGGUGGUGAAAAGAAGAGACUAAGCAUUGCACUAGAAAUCCUCACAAGACCCCUUUUAUUGUUUCUCGACGAACCUACUAGUGGCCUUGAUAGUGCAUCAGCAUUUUUCGUAAUUCAAACUCUUAAAAAUAUAGCUCGAGAUGGAAGGACAGUUAUCUCUUCCAUUCACCAGCCAAGCAGUGAAGUUUUUGCACUCUUUGACGACCUUUUCCUAUUGUCUAGCGGGGAAACUGUUUAUUUCGGCGAAACAAAGAUGGCUGUAGAGUUCUUUGCUGAAGCUGGUUUUCCAUGUCCAAGUAGAAAGAAUCCAUCUGAUCACUUCCUACGUUGUAUAAAUUCAGAUUUUGAUGCUGUAACAGCUACUCUGAAAGGAUCUCAAAGAAAUCGUGAGGUCCCUGCGACAUCAGAUCCUUGGAUGAAUAUGGCAACAGCAGAGAUCAAAUCACGGCUCGUUGAGAAAUAUAGGCGCUCAGGUUUUGCAAGAAAAGCAAAAGCUAGGAUUAAGGAAAUAUCAGCAAUGGAAGGACUCGAUAUGGAAACAACAAAUGCGAGUGAGGCAAGUAGGUGGAAGCAACUUCGAACACUGACCAAAAGAUCAUUUUUGAACAUGUCCAGAGAUGUGGGAUAUUACUGGGCAAGGAUAGCAGUCUAUAUAGUUGUUUCUUUCUGUGUGGGUACUAUAUAUUAUGAUGUCGGAUAUGGCUAUACUGCAAUAUUGGCUAGAGUCGCUUGCGGUGGAUUUAUAACAGGCUUCAUGACAUUUAUGUCUAUUGGAGGCUUCCCGUCUUUCAUAGAAGAAAUGAAGGUGUUCUAUCGAGAAAAGAUUAAUGGAUAUUAUGGAGUUACAGUUUUUAUCUUGUCCAAUUACUUAUCUUCAUUCCCAUUCUUGGCUGCAAUUGCAAUUCUUAGUGGGACUAUAUGUUUUUACUUGGUGAAUUAUCGAUCGGGAUUUGAAUAUUACGCGUUCUUCUGUCUCAAUAUCUUUUCCUGCAUUUCUGUAAUUGAGAGCCUGAUGAUGGUUGUAGCUUCAGUAGUUCCAAAUUUCUUGACGGGUCUGAUUACCGGGGCAGGAAUCAUUGGAAUCAUGAUGCUGACCUCCGGCUUCUUCCGUUUUCUGCCUGAUCUUCCCAAGCCAUUCUGGCGCUACCCGGUCUCAUAUAUGAACUAUGGAGCAUGGGGACUUCAGGGAGCAUACAAGAAUGAUUUUCUCGGACUCGAAUUUGAUACCUUAAUACCCGGCGGACCUAAAAUCUCGGGAGAAUACAUCAUCACUCAUCAAUUUGGAGUUGCAUUAGAUCAUUCAAAAUGGUGGGACUUAGCUAUUAUAUUUUUCAUCCUAAUAUGUUACCGGAUUUUGUUCUUUAUUGUUCUCAAGUUCAAGGAGAGAGCUUCACCGAUCGUCAAGGAUUUUUGUUCGAAAAGAACUCUGCAAAAACUCGAAAGGAGACCGUCUUUCAAGAAGUUGCCAUCGUUAGUUUCCAAGAGGCACCAGCCUUUGUAUGCACUGGCUGCUCAAGAGGGUCUCAAUUCUCCACUCCAUUAGAGACAUUCUGUGUAAUUCUUGCUCACACGGAAACCUGGAGAAAUAGUUUUUUUUUUUUUUGUACUAUUAAAGCAUGUUAUACAGAGUUCGGAAAAUAUUCAUUCUGAUUGAGAUUAUUAUAAAGUAACAGAUUUAACAGUCUGGAAUAAUCUUUUGGUGUAAGUAAAAAACAUUUCUAGUAGUUUAUGCUAGUUUUUUUAA